CUUUUGAUAGCCGGAUCUGAGCGUUUCAACAUAAAGCCAAACGAUGGCAUUAAAUACCUUCAACGCAAUGGUUUGCUCACUGAUCCACUAGACCCGAAUGAAAUGGCACGUUUUCUGAGUGAUAAUCCACUCAUAGAUAAGCGAACCAUUGGUGACUAUCUCAGCACUAAGAAGAACUCAGCAGUCCUUACUGCUUUUGUAAGUAAUUUAAACUUUGUCGAAGUCCGCAUUGAUGAAGCUCUACGGCAAUACGUCGAAGCCUUUCGACUGCCGGGCGAGGCACCACUAAUCCAACAUCUUUUGGAGCAUUUUGCAGAUGCCUGGUUCCAGACAAACGGUGCUCCGUUUGCUAAUUCGGACGCUGCAUUUACCCUAGCUUAUGCCAUUCUUAUGCUCAAUACAGACCAGCACAAUCCGAACUCAAAGAAGCAGAAUAUCCCUAUGACUGUAGAAGACUUUAAACGAAACCUCAAAGGCAAGGAAAUAUGA